AUGGCGUUUGAGUGGACACCCGCGUGUGAAGAAGCCUUUCAACAUUUCAAGGAAAUCCUGGCGGCACCUCCCGUUCUCGGGAAGCCAAAGGACGGGGAACCACUAUACCUAUACCUCGCUAUAACAAGCGAGGCCCUGGCCGCAGUUCUGGUACGGGAGGACGGGAAAGCUCAACAGCCAGUCUAUUUCAUAAGCAGGGCCCUGCAAGGAGCGGAAUUAAGAUAUAGCAAGUUGGAAAAGCUAGCCUUAGCACUCCUAACUUCCUCGAGAAGGCUUAAGCAGUAUUUCCAAAGUCACCAAGUUGUCGUCAGAACGGACCAAGGGAUCCGGCAAGUUCUCCAAAAACCCGAUCUGGCGGGAAGAAUGAUGACUUGGUCCAUCGAGCUCUCCCAAUACGACAUACGAUACGAACCCCGGCAAGCCAUUAAGGCGCAGGCCAUGGCGGAUUUCUUAGUUGAAGUAACAGGAGACCCAAGCGAAGACGUGGGUACACGGUGGAAGCUCCAUGUGGACGGAGCUUCCAACCAGACCUUUGGAGGUGCCGGGAUCAUCCUGGAAAGCCCGGUCGGGGUUGUGUACGAACAGUCGGUCAGGUUCGAGUUUCCCAUCUCGAACAACCAGGCAGAAUAUGAAGCCCUUAUAGGAGGCUUAACCCUAGCGGCAGAAGUUGGCGCGAGGAGACUGGAAAUAUGCAGUGACUCCCAAGUCGUCACUUCCCAAGUAAACGGUAGCUACCAAGCCAAAGACCCCUUGCUUCAGAAGUACCUGGAAAAGGUUAAAAGCUUGGGCCAAAAGUUUGAAGAGGUCACGGUCCACCACGUACCUAGAGAAAGGAACACACGGGCAGACCUCCUGUCGAAGUUAGCUAGUACAAAGCCGGGAGAAGGGAACCGGUCUCUCAUUCAAGGCAUGACGAGAGAACCCGCAAUCACACUACACGUGACAAGCCUAGGUUCUUCAUGGCUAGACCCCAUCAUCGACUUCCUAGAACACGGCAAACCCCCUAGUGACCAAAAGGAUGUGGCGAAAUUGAGAAGGGAAGCGGCCAAAUACGCCGUCAUCCAAGGGCAACUGUUCAGGAAAGGGCUCAACCAACCCCUACUGAAGUGCCUACAUCCCGACCAAACGGACUACGUCCUCAGAGAAGUCCAUGAGGGCUGCUGUGGGCACCACAUCGGAGGCAAGGCCCUAGCGAGGAAACUAAUCCGAGCCGGAUACUAUUGGCCGUCGAUGAUGACGGACUCCAAAGAGUUUGUGAAAAAAUGCGUAAAGUGCCAACAGAACGCCAACUUUGCCAGGGCGCCGGCCUCCGAGUUAAGCCUGCUAACGACCUCCCGGCCGUUCUCUCAAUGGGGAGUCGACCUCUUAGGACCCUUCCCAGUCGGCCCGGGGCAAGUCAAGAAAUUCAUGUGGAGGCAAGUGAUAACGCGAUUCGGGAUACCGGAGGUCGUCAUCUCGGACAACGGCACGCAGUUUGCUGACAAAAAGUUCACGGAAUUUCUCAACGGCCUGGGUAUAAGGCAAAGGUUCUCCUCGGUAGAACACCCCCAGACGAACGGACAGGUGGAGUCCGCUAACAAGGUUAUCCUUUCAGGGCUAAAAAAGAGGUUGGACAAUAAAAAGGGUGCUUGGGCCGACGAACUAGCAUCGGUCCUCUGGUCUUACCGAACAAUCGAGCAAUCCUCCACCAAGGAAACCCCUUUCCGACUAACGUACGGGGUGGAUGCUGUAAUACCCGUAGAGAUCGGUGAACCGAGUCCGCAGUUGCUUUUGAAAGGAGUAGAGGAAACCGUAGAAAAGGACCUGAUAGAUGAAGCCCGGGAAAUGGUCCAUUUGACAGAAACGGCGAUAAGACAAAGAAUGGCUCUGCUCUACAACACCAAAGUGCUCAAGAGGGAAUUCGAGCAAACGACCUCGUCCUAA